AUGAAUUCAGGAAAUUCAGUCAACGCAGAUGACGAACUCACAUCGUCGAACGAAACCACGCGGUUACUUGUGCAACAACUACAACAUACAGUAUCACCAAUUAGUCGCAUUGGACCGAGACAUUCGAUUUCUUGGGAAUUUCCUGGACGAUGGGGUGAGAUAACACGUCUUGAUCUUUCGGAAUAUGCUGCAGAUUCAGUUUCAUCUUCGGCCGCAAUCCAUGAUGUCAAUAUUGAUGCAUCACAAACACCCAUGCCUACCAUUCCUCUAAGAAAUCGUCUACGAAAUCUAGCUCGUGGAGAAGCAAAUAAGAGCGAUCAUAAAUUAUUAGGUGAAUGGCGCGCAACAGCAAUUGCCGGCAAUGAUAUCUCUUCUUCUUGUCUCUAUACAGCUGGAAUAUGUGCUCAGAAAGCUGGCCAAUAUUCGUUUAUAUCCUUAUAUCUUGUAGCAUUAGUUCUUUAUUUAUAUCGAAAUAUUUAUUCCGAAGUUGGUCUUGCUCUUCCAUUAAAUGGUGGUGCAUACAAUGUCCUAUUGAAUUGUACAUCAAAAUUUAUCGCGUCUAUUGCUGCCUGUCUUACAUUAGUCUCAUACAUUGCAACAGCAGUUGUGUCGGCGAGCUCAGCUAUUGCUUACGGACAGAAUCUCUGGUCCGGAUUAGAUCCUUCAUGGGCAGUCAUGGCAUUAUUAGGAUUCUUUUGUUUGAUAACUUUAUUUGGUUUGAAAGAAUCAGCAAAUGUCGCUUUAGGGAUAUUCGUAAUACAUGUUGGUACUAUGAUAAUCUUAUUGUUAAUGUGUUUGUAUAAACUAGUGGAAUCGUAUGAUUCGAUAAUCAUGUUUAAGAAAAAUUGGGCCACGAAGCCGUUAGAAAAUAUUCCGACUGAUAUUUAUUAUGGAUUUGCAUUAGCGUUGUUAGGUGUCAGUGGUUUUGAAACUUCAUCGAAUUAUAUUGAAGAACAAGGACCAGGAGUAUUUCCAAAAACAUUGCGAAACAUGUGGUACGUUGUUUCACUAUUCAAUCCACUAUUUGCUUUGUUAUCGUUAUUCAUCAUGCCAAUGGACAUCAUUCGUCAACAUCGUGAUGAUCUUCUUGCUGCGAUGGGCACAGCCACGAGUCAACCACCAUCAUCUGUUUGGUUGAAUAAACUAAUCUCAGCAGAUGCUUUACUUGUUCUGUCUGGUUCUGUGUUAACUUCUUAUGUUGGCAUAACUGGUUUAAUUCGUCGUAUGAGUUACGAUCGAUGUUUACCUAUGUUUUUGUCAUACACAAAUCCUUGGCGGAAAACGAAUCAUUUUAUUAUUAUCGGUUUCUUCCUUGUGACGAGUUUUCUUCAUUUUCUCGUUCGAGGAAAUUUAGAAAGCCUUGCUGGAGUUUAUACAAUGUCAUUUCUAAGUGUAAUGUCAUUAUUUGCAAUUGGAAAUAUGAUUUUGAAAUACAAACGUGGAACGUUACGUCGAACGAUCUAUGCAUCAUGGCCACACGUGAUAUUCGGAUUCAUUUUCGUUCUUGUUGGUCUCAUUGGCGAAAUCAUAUUGAAUUUUCAACAUAUUACCUAUUUUAUUCUGUAUUUCGGUAUCACAUUCCUCAUUGUUAUGUUGAUGUUCUCAAGGAACCGUGUAUUGAAAAUGUUGAUUUAUUUUGGCGGACCGAAACGAUGGAAAGAUAUGUUAAAUCGGCAGUAUAAGAAGAUCGAAGAUCGUCCGAUGUUGUUUUUCACACGGACAGACGAUCCAUCAGUUCUGAAUAAAGCGAUUUUAUACGUUCGUGAAAAUGAAGUGACAAAUUUUCUGAAGAUUUGCCAUGUUUAUGAAAAUGAAAAUGAAAUUCCAUCGGGAUUGGAAGCCAAUGUUAAAUUUCUCGAUCGACAAUAUCCAAAAAUGUGUAUUGAUUUGCUAUUAGUCAAAGGCCGAUUUGAUCCUCCAACAGUGAAAAUUCUUAGUGAACGACUAGACAUUCCAACAAACUUCAUGUUUAUCACAUGUCCAGCUGGUAACUUUUCACACCAUCUCGCCGAAAUGGGCGGAAUAAGAUUGAUAACUCAUUCUUAA